GGCGAGGGCAAGAUUGGCCACAAAGGGGGCAAAGGGAGCAAGGGUCUCCAUGAGGGUCAGGAGACCAAGGGGGCAGCUGGUUCCCAGGGCAAGGGCAAGGGCAAGAACCGUGGUGACAUCGGCACCUCGGCUGGUGGCGAGUGGGAGGUGAUUGCAUGGCAUGCAAAGCCAGCAGCUUUCGGCUGCACCCGCCUGAUUACUGGCAUCGAGGCGCUUGAGGCCGCGCUGGAGGCGUCGGAGAAGAUCCUGGUGCAGGUCCCGGCGGAGGACUUUUGCGAGGCAGCUUCGAUUAUGGAUGGUGGCUGCCCUUUGGGCAGCGUGCUCAUCAAGGAUGGUGAGGCUUGUGGGGUGCUGGACGAGCUUCAGAAGAAGUGGCCUGUCUCCAGGCAGCAUGUUCCUGGAACUAUGGGCGGCAAUCCGCGCCUUCGGCGGGUCUGGGUCUGCACCUUUGGCAGUGCGGCUUCUUUGGCACCGGCGUUGGAUUUCGUGAAGGCCCCAGCUCCUAAGAGGCGGAGAAAUGAGGACACGGUCGUGUUGCGUUGCACUGCCUGGCGUGCGUUUGCGGAGGCCAAGGAUUUUCAGGCUAUGCUCAAGAAGCCAGGCCAGACUGCGAGGGCAUGGUAUACCAAAGUGGCUCCCCUGUGCAUCCAGGAGUUCAUCGAUUCUUGGGGCUGGCAAAGUUUCGGUGAUGAUCAGGUGAAGGGCUUGAUCAGACUUACCAAGGAGGCAGCCUUGACCGCGCUCCGCUCGUCGGGCUGCUGGGCCAAUGGGGUGUCCCUCUUCUUUGCAGCCCUGGAUUGGGGCCAGGUGGAUGUGAGUGAGGCCCCGGCUUUGCUCUGGAUCGACAUGGAGGCUGGAGAGGAGGCCAAGGAUUAUGUCCAGCGUGUUCGGAAGGAGGCGGCGUGCCAUGGGCUCCAUUGUGGAGGUGAUCGCCUGGCUGUUCGGCUGGAUCAGCUUGACCCGCGCAUCUUGCCGCAGAAGGCUGCAUGGCAUCUCCGAGGUGCACGGCAGGAUUGGCUGUGUGAUGAUGUGGAGGCCGUUUUGUCAUCUGCGGGUUUCAGCGAGGUGACCAUUGAGGCGAAAUUGCUUCGGCGAGGGCAGCCCGUUUGGGAGUUCAGAGGGCUUCGUCAGGACUUUCGCGACUUCGUCCCCAUUGAGCUUGAGGAUGGCGAAGUGGACAUGGAGGGUGGCAUGGUCCUCGAGGCCGCUCGUGUGCAGCGGCGGCGCAAAACUGGCGAUGCUAAGGUCCUCCCCUUGGAGCGCGUCGCCAAGUUUGGUGCAGUUGAUGUUGCUGAGUUGGUCAAGAAGGUCGCUGCGCCGAAGCGCCGUAGCCGCUUUGCGCGAUCCAAGGAGGAUGCUGCUGCCACCGCACCGCUCGAGGACAUGGACGUCGACGGUGAGGCGGUGGACGAUGGGACCGAGGUGGGCCAGAAAAGGCGGCAGGCCGAGCAAGGGGGCAGCAAAGGGGAUUUUGAGUCGUCCGAGCCGGCCCCAAAGCGUGCGUCCAAAUCGGUGGUCCUUCCUGAAGGGGCGGUCGCUCACUCCAAUGCAGGGGGUGGGGAUUGCCUCUUUCAUUGCUUGGCUGAUGUACUCUCUUCCGUCACUAAGAAGCGGCGGGGUCACAGGGCCGUGCGGGCGAGCAUAGCCUCUUGGAUGGAGUCUCAUGUCGAGUUGCUGGAGCCCCACUGGGAUCACAUCGCUCCAGACGGCUCGGUGGCUACGGGGUCUUUCGGUGACUAUUGCAAGCAGAUCCGUGAAGACUUGAACAUCUUGCUGUUGUGCCCGGAUCACACGGUCAAGUUCCCUGCCAGGAAUGAACAGGGCCACUUCGCGGUCUUCAAGUACGAGGGUGAUGUGGUGACUCUCGAGAAUCAGGAGCCUGGGAGUCCGGUUGCUGCGAGCCCUCCCAAGCCACAGGAGCUUCGGCCUCGGAAGUCCAAGUACCGAGUUGGUGAUGUUGCGCGGUGGCCUUGCCCGUUGUGUCCGAUGGUCAUUGAGAAUAAGUCGGUGAGAUCGCUUUGCAAGCUCCGAUACACCCACUGCCACCGACACCAUGGUGGGCAAGGACUUCCUGGCGCCAGGCGCGUCAACUUAGAUGCAUUCCGGGCGUUGCAGCCGGAGGUGACGCUAGCGACUGCCAAGGACCAGCAUCGGACUGCGAAGUUGUGGGAGGCCUUCAAGGAGGCCAAGACCUUGGACCAUGGAGUGGCGCCGGAGAUGUUGCUCCAGAUGUUCGUGAACGCCGAUCUGGCUAUGGGUGGUGUUGCCGCGAUCCAUGAUCACUUGGAGGCCUUUCCUUGCCAGGUCAUGUGCCUCCAGGAGGUGGAUAUCAAUUCGGCUAGCGUGGUGGUUGUGAGCGUUUAUGGCCACGCGGCGGAUGGGGAGAUGGCAGCCAGCUAUGUGGAGGAGAUCGUCACCGGUGUCCGUGCUCUGGGGCUCGAGUGGCUUGUGUUGGGGGAUUACAAUGUGGCGGCGGAUGAGGGGCCCAUGGCUCGUCGGCUUGCAGCUGGAUUGGCUGAGCAGCUUGAUUGGCCUUUCAUGGCUGAGGGCCCUCUUCCGGGAACGGCCGGAGGACAGCGAAGGUUGGAUUAUGGGUUGUCCUCGGGGCAGCUGUUUCCUUCUGCUUUGAGUCAUGCUGAGGGGAUUGCGAAUCACACUGCAGUGAGCUACGAGUUUGCAUUUGACGAUCCUGUGGGGUGCUCGGGUCCUUCGCGGGCCUCUCUCAGUACCUCCUCGGUGUCUGCAUCUGCUUGGGAUGACAGGUGGGAUGCCUCACACUUUCAGGCCUUGCUGUUUGCUAGUGACCUCGAUGGGGCUUGGCGGCUGCUCUCGGACACGGCCGAGGCUGUCUUGAGUGGUGGUGGCCAUGGUGUUGUGGCUCGGUCUUCGGGGUGGUCGCCUCAGAAGGCCAAACCUCGUAGCAAGGCUUCGCGAUGCUUUGAAUCCUUGGAGCUCGUGCGAUUGAGGCGCUUGUCCCGCCGUUUGACUCAGCUUGCGCGGCACCCUGAGGACACCAGGCUUCGUGACAUCAUUGGCAGAGCUGUGGCGGAGCUGCAGGGCUCCUUUUCUUGGCUGGGAGAGCUGCCUCACUUUACCAUGGAACAGCAUGCGGAGUGGGUCCAGACCCAAGUUGAGAUCGUGGCCCAGGCUGAGCGGGCCGUGAGGCGGCGUGCGAUUCAUCCGGUGGAAGUCAUCAAACGUGCUGAGGAGGAGUGGUGUCCUCGUUGGACGGCGGGGGAGGUUAACGAGUUGCCGGUGCAGUCCCUCCUCGAGGCCCUUGACCCCCCGCGUGGUGGCACUAUUGCUAUGCCGUGCUUUACGCCUGCCAAGUUGCAGCGUGCGGCUUCGAAGAUGGUGGGCAAGGCGAGCGGGCCCGACGGCUGGGAGAUGCGCGAGUGGGCGGAUGAUUGGCUAGGCCAUCGGAUGCUUGGUGGUGUGCACAAACGUUCGACUAGGGAUGUUUUCUUGCGCAUCGUGGAGGCGUGUGAGGACCCGGAGAUGGUGUUCGUGGGCCAGGAUGUCUCCAAGUACUUUGACUCCAUCCAUGGCGCUCACCUCUGCCAGGUUCUGACUUUCUUGCGGGCUCCUGAGCAGUUUGUUUCUUUUGUGCACGGCGUCUUGGAGGAGCAGUGGAGGAUCUUCACUGUUGGAGGCCGGGUUGGCAACCGCUGGCACAGGGCCACUCGUGGCCUUGCUCAGGGCGACCCACUGUCGCCGCUCCUUGCUGCCUCGAUUAUGGCGGUGUGGACGGCAACUGUGGCCACCUCAGGUUGUGAGGCGGUGACUUUCGUCGAUGACCGUAGCUUCUGGGGCCGUACUUUGGUUGAGCUCUCUUCGGCAAAGGCACUCAGCGAUGGGGUGGAUGCUGCUUUUCAGUUUCGGUGUGACACUACGAAGUGCCAGGUGGCGUCGGCGGAGGGCGAGGUUGGCUUUCGGGCGGCGGAGCUCUUCGGCUACUCGCACAGCGGUGAGUUCGAGACCUUGGGUGUGCGGUUUUUCCUCCAGCAGGGUCGUGCUCCUCAGUUGGCGCGGUACUCCAUCGAAAUCGCCAACACGAGGCUCGGGUGCAUUGGUGUUGUGGCCGCGGGUCUCCCGGUGCAGGCUCUCUUCAUCAAGUCGUUGGUGUUGCCGUUGAUGGCUUGGGCUGGGGCCAUGGCGAGCAUUGAGAAGGAACAGUUGCAUCAGCUGCGUCGUGCUGUUCUGGCUAUGUCCAAUUGCAAGAGCGCUUGUGACACGCCGGCGCUCGCGAGGUGGGAGGUGCUGGGAUGGGAUUGCAAUCCUGUUUUCGCACGCCGAUGGUCGGCCAUCCGGGCGGCGAUUCUGUUUGCUUGCAGGCCGCCUUGUUGGUUGGAGGAGGCGUCCAUUCGUCUCGCUGCGCGGCGUUGGCCUUCCAUGUUACCGGUGGCGGCUGCUGUGCUCGGUGAACUGGGGUGGUGGGCAUCACCUUGUGGCUCCACCAUUUUUCGACGCGACCUUCGAGGGCAUCUUCGUGCUUUCCAUGUGGGCUUUGACAACGAGCAGGUCAUCAAGGAGUGGCUGGUGGAUUGGCAUCGGCGAGCUACUCUGGAGGACACGAUUCGGGUCAAGAAGCGUCUUCAUCGUGGUGAAGAAGAGGGUGACCUGGCCCAAGGCGACCUUCUUCCUGGAGUUCCAGCUGGCUCUCUGGUUGUCUUGGCUGGUCACCGUAAGCUUUUCCACUCUGGAGGUGACCGACAUCGCAGGAAUUCGGCACUGGCUACGGGGUGCUCGGUCUGGGCCAAGGCGGCGAAGAAGGGUGUGAAAGUUGAGACCAUCGCCACAUGCAUGUGUGGCCGGCGCAUGCCUAGCAGGCCUCACCUUCUGUGGAGAUGCGAUGCCACAGCGCACUUGCGACCCCGUUGUGCGCCACCCGUCAACCGUGCCGAGGAGCGCAUGUUGUGUCGUGUGGUUCCUGAACUCCCUGCUGCCCCGGGCGUCGUGGGGGAGGAUGAGGUCAUCGACGGCUUGGCGGCGGAGCUCGAGAAGCAGCUUGGUGCUGAGGCGGUCGUCUUCGUCGCGACUGACGGCAGCUGCGUCAAGGAUGUGGCGGCUUGGGCGGUGGCUGUGCAGGAUGGGCCGGUUUUCUGUUCCGGGGUCAUCGGCGAGGAUCAAUCCCCCUACAGGGCCGAGGUGGAGGGCAUUCGCAG